AUGACAGAAGCAUCUUUAUAAAUGCCCAAGAAGACAUGUUUGUAAAAACAUCACUCUGAGGCAAUCAUGUCCCCGCUACUUUUUUAUGUGUUUAGAUCUCAGGCCAUCACUUGGGGGUCAGUACUCUCCCACCAUGUCCUAUGGGUAAUGACGCUGAAAGCUAUGAUUGGGGCAUAGAACGUGGCCGCUGCCGGUCCACCAAUGGUCAAGAGACUGACCGCGACCUCUCGAAUUGGAGAGGGGUUACAUCGUAUCAGCAUGGGCCCAAUAACAGCUUUGGCAAGAGGACGGGAGAACGUUCAGAAGACAGGCUUCCAGUGCACGUGCCUUGUAGUGGAGAUUUCUGCUGUUAAUAUUUAGAGCAGAGGGACAUUCUGGGAGGGGAAAGUGUGAACAAUUGCGCAACAAUGGAUGCGUCUCCCAGUCCCCAGACAAAGACGGUUGGAAACAUCCAGUCUCCGUCAGCAGCCAACUUGGCCACUUUGCAGUCCUACAGGCCGCUGGUGAAUGACGUUUACGCACCACCCUCCUUGGGCUUCUCACAGGGAUCCAGCGGCAGCCAGGUGCCCCAGAGUAAGUAUUCAGAGCUGCUGGCCAUCAUUGAGGAGCUCGGAAAGGAGAUCCGGCCCACCUACGCCGGCAGCAAGAGCGCCAUGGAAAGACUAAAACGAGGUAUCAUCCAUGCCAGGGGACUGGUGCGGGAGUGCUUGGCAGAGACUGAGAGAAAUGCUAGGUCCUAGCUACAGAAGCAUUACCCUCUCCUGCAGAAGAACCAACACCCUCUCUCACUCACUCACCAUGUAAAAGACUGUUGCAUGGCACAUCCUCUAAAAAGAGGAAUAAAAAAAACCAAGGGAUGGUUAAAAAGGUCAAGAAAAUGUUUCUGACAGGUUAAGAUUUGAGAAAGGGAGGGAGAGGGGACACCAGAAUACAAUUCAGAAUUAGAAGGAUUUGGUUUUUCUUCAUGCCCCAUUUUGGGGUCAUAGUUUCCGGUCUUCAUAUUUAUAACAAAUAGUGAUUUUAGCAUGCAAACGUACGGGUCCACCAUGGCCUUUGGUUAAUUGUAGACAUUGCAUGGCUUGUACAGGGUUAGACUAGGAGAUUCUCUUUUUGAUAGACGUUGGUCUGAAUUCCAGACCCUUUUAACACACAUGGGUGAGCAAGUGAAGGACAGAAAAGUGCCAAAUACAUUGGUUCAUUCAUGUUGAGGUUCUUUUUUGAUAUUAAUGAUGAACAUGCUCUUGUGUAACGGAGUUAAGAACAUACCGUAAACUCACUCCACAGCUAGCUGGAAAUGUCGCCGAUGGAGCCAUCCAAGGGGUACCUUUUGUAUGGCUCAAUAGGUUUGCACGUUUACAAGGAGGGCAGUCAGGUGCGUUUGCGAAGCAGAGGAUCACUGGUUCUAGCCCAGUAUGGGGUAGUCGGACAGUGGAGGAAGCUAAGCUGUUAGCAGCACACUGACCCCUGUAACACUUGCAUCUUUGUAUGUAUUUAUUACUCAGUGUAAUAAAAUGUAUUUUCAAUACAAAUGUCA